GCCACGUGGCUCCAUUAAGAAUAUAUAUCAUUCUCCUUUGUCAUGUUCUUCUACCUUCCACGCACUCCACACUUGUGUUUUUUUUGGUUCUCACGCCUUCUCUUCCAAUUUCAGAUUUUACUGGAAACAAAAUCUCGAUUCCGUCUCUCUUCUUCCCCUGAAACAUCUGUGAAAUCUCGAUUCCAUUACUCGGAUUCAUUUCCUUCCUCUGGAAUUCUCUAUUGAGCAUCCUUUCAAUUUUGGUUUUGACUUUUUUUGGGUGAAAGAUUGGGAUCAAUGGGGGUCGAUUACUACAAUGUGCUGAAGGUGAGUCGAAACGCAAACGAAGAUGAUCUAAAGAAGUCUUACCGGAGAAUGGCGAUGAAAUGGCACCCUGACAAAAACCCCACGAGCAAGAAAGAAGCCGAGGCUAAGUUCAAGCAGAUCUCCGAAGCAUAUGACGUCCUGAGCGAUCCCCAGAGACGCCGGAUCUACGAUCAGUACGGAGAAGACGGGCUCAAGUCCGCCGAUUUACCUACUGCCGCGGAGACGGCGGCGCAGCAGCGGAGUUACUCGUCCAGCAACUCCGAGUUUCGGUACUAUCCGCGCGAUGCGGAAGAUAUCUUUGCAGAGUUUUUCGGCGCAUCUGGGGAUAACUUUGGCGGAGGUAGCAGCGGAAGGACACCUGGAGAUGGUGGCGGCGGCGGGAGGAGGUUUAAGAGUGCAGAAGCAGGGAGCCAGGCGAACAGAAAGACGCCGUCGCCGGCGAAUAGGAAGGCGCCGGAUAUCGAGAGCAAAUUGGCUUGCACACUGGAGGAGCUGUACAAAGGUGGGAAGAAGAAGAUGCGAAUUUCCCGCCUUGUUCCCGAUGAGUUUGGAAAGCCAAAGACAGUCCAGGAGAUAUUGAAGAUAGACAUAAAACCAGGUUGGAAGAGAGGCACGAAGAUAAAGUUCCCAGAGAAAGGCAACCAAGAACCAGGUGUCACUCCUGCUGAUCUCAUAUUCGUGGUAGACGAGAAACCACACUCGGUAUACACAAGAGACGGCAACGAUCUAAUCGUCGAGAAGAAAGUCUCUCUGAUAGAUGCUUUAACCGGUCUCACCAUUAGCCUCACGACUCUGGACGGGAGGAACCUAACAAUCCCGGUUCUGGAUAUAGUAAACCCGGGUCAGGAGAUUGUGAUCCCAAACGAAGGAAUGCCCACUAAAGACCCUUUGAAAAGAGGAGACCUCAGAGUCAGCUUCGAGAUCUUGUUCCCGUCAAGGCUAACGUCAGAACAGAAGAAUGACCUCAAGAGAGUUCUUGGUUGAAGCUAAUGAGCUGACAUUUCAGUUUUCGAGUAAGCUCUUGAUCAUGUUUGACAACGGAUUCUACAGGAAGCUGCUAGUCAAUUCAGUGUACAUACACUUGAGUUUUUAUUUCUCUCUUUUUUUUUUUACUUGGCUGUGUUAUAAUAAAAAUCCUCAUCGAAUGAGGCUGUGGAGAUCCGAGAUCUAAUAAUGGCUGCCACGGACAGAACGGAUCGUAUUGAGGUAGAACUUGAGCUAGUUGACUCGGCGUGCUAGUGGUGAAAGAGGAACAGAGAGACAGUAAUCGGUCUGAAAAGCAAAAGAUAGACGUUGGAACCUUUCCUGGUCCGGUUUGGUUUGGUAGGGGUGCUUCGAUCUUGAAAUUGAUAUGUAUUCUGAUUACGCAUUUCGUAACACAAAAAUGAUUCUGGACUUUUAAACAUUAGAAAAUAUCCUAGUAAUUUAGGUACUGUACAGUGUUGUUUUGAAUAACCGGUCUUCUAGCCCGAAGCGAAUACUAAUCAUCGGCAUGUCAUGUGUUUUAUUUGCAGUAGUGGUAUGGGACUCCAUAUUUAAUAACCAAUCUUUUGUAACACUGAUUUGGAAAGCAAAACCAAAAUAUCGUUGGAUUCA